UAUAAUCAGUUUUCGUUUAAAGAAUGUCAGUGAAAGAGAUUUGUUCUGUUUACUUACAUCAGCAGAAAGCAGAGCCGUUAGGAAUUCUGCAGGUUUACUUCACUGAAUACAAAAACUUCUGUUAUACUGUGAGCCUGUUAAAGCUCCAGAUGCAGUAUUGCUAACCCUAUUCAUUCAAAAAUUGUGAGUCAGGCCCCCACCAAAAAAAUCAUAAGCUUAUCUUUAAAAAAAUGAAAUUUUAAAAAAUAAUGUUUUGAUUAUUUUGAUUUGCACUGUGCUUCAGCUUUUAUGGGUCAUGUUUUGAAGCUUUUCUUUGUAGCUGUGAGGGCUAGAAACACUUUCAUUUUUCACAUAAUCAAUUGAUUUGAGUAGUUGGGGCUUUAAGAAAAAUACCAAAUAUUGCAAGGCUUGUGAUAAAAUCCUGAGGGUUGGCGACACAGCAGAUGAUACUAGUUCAAAAUUAAAAUAGCCAUAUCCUUGACAAGUUUACCUUUAACACGCUGGGGUGGACAACUGAAAGAUUAUGUUUAGCGUUAAAGCAUUCUCUUUGGUAGAAGCUAUUCGGUUGGCCACUAGCUGCUCAAGGUUGGCUGGUAGACUUAUUCAUCCAGCCGUUUGUCACGUGCAUCACUGGACAAAAAGGAGUAUGGAUUCCAGGUGGAGCUACAGGACUGGCCCAAACAGCACUGGCAGAGCUGGAAUAAGUGCUCCCCAAACCAAGGUUAUGGCAAAGCAAGAGCGGCCUGGUCUUUUGAUCCUCGAAAUAGGAGGUGUAUGUGGUGUGCUGGAAGGCCAUGUGGAACUCUUGAAGAAACAAUUUCACCUCAUCACUAUGAAGGAAUUUCUUAAAAACAAAGAAAGUUUGAGUGAAAAGAUCAAAUCUGUUUUCAUAUAUGAGUGCAGACCAGUCAUUGACCAGGAGCUCCUCCAGAGCCUACCUCACUUAAAGGUGAUUGCAAACUCUGGGGUAGGAGUGGAUCACCUGGACUUGAAAUUGGUUUCUAGCUUUGGAGUUAAAGUGACCAAUACUCCACAUGCUGUUUCUGACUCCACAGCAGACAUUGGGAUGGCCUUGAUGCUGGCAUCUGCCAGAAGGCUAGUGGAAGGUUGUCAGAUUGCAGUUUCUCCACAGACUGAGCGUUUUGCUGCCGACUGGCUGGCAGAUGAAGUCACUGGGGCUACUCUCGGUAUCAUCGGCAUGGGCAGCAUUGGGUAUAAGGUGGCCAAGAGGGCCAAAGCUUUUGAAAUGAAAAUUCUGUACCACAACAGGAACCAGAGAAAAGAAGAGGAGGAACAGGCUGUUGGUGCCCACUACUGUGAAAAGAUGGAAGACUUGCUCCAGCAAUCUGACUUUGUGAUGCUGGUUGUGAACCUGACACCUCAGACACACAGAUUGAUUGGGAAAAGGGAGUUAGAGCUGAUGAAACCCACUGCUACUCUUAUUAACAUCUGCAGAGGCGCAGUAGUUGAUCAUGAUGCACUGGUGGAUGCUCUCCAAAAUGGGAUUAUUAAAGCUGCAGCUUUGGAUGUGACAUACCCUGAACCUCUGCCAAGAGAUCAUCCAUUAUUAAAAUUAAAGAACAUUAUCAUAACUCCUCACAUUGGAACUGCUACAGUCCAAGCCACCCGUAUGAUGACAGAAGAAGCAGUAGCAAAUAUACAAGCUGUUCUUAAUGGUCUCCCCAUUCCUAGUGAAGUAAUCCCUCAGUGACAUGUCAGAAAACAUAAAUACACAAUGGCAUAUCUGUGAACGGACUUUAUUCUACUGAAUCAUAAAGUAACUUUGCAGUGCAAUGAUUAAUAGUGACAAGUGAAGAUGUUCCUAUAUUGCUGUCACAUUUAUGGGGCCACCUAGUGGCUAUUCUAUAUCAUUACACCCCAGUCAUGUGAUCAUUUGACUAAUAAUGAACUAAUAAAGUCAAUUGUUCAAAGGCUCUUA